CGCUCGUAUCAGCCCGCCGUCGGCUCUCAGUGCCCUCACUAGCUGCUUCACAGUCUCGCUAUAUCUAGCCAGCCUGAGCUUCUCUAUGCUCAUCUCGUCUCCAGUCUUUCCUACUUGACGCUGCUCCCUCACUUGUUAUUUGGAAAAAGUCAGGCCGAUAUUUUUUACGACGUCACGGAAGACCGACAUAGCGUGCUCAAUCUUCCACGCAGGGCCCGGCAGUACUCUCAAGCACAAAAUCAUCUACGUGAGUAGCUGCUGCUAUAUAGUGCUCUAGGGCUUGGAGAUGGGCGGGUAAAUACCACCCCUCCUUGGCGACAAGGCACCGCUAUCACCGUCUCUACGUCCUUUCGGUAUCAUCUACUACCGAACCAUAUUUGUCGAUCGCGGAAUCAUCAUGCGCCUCCUAGGUGUACCGUUCGUGGACGUGAACUCGCAGAAUCCGUGAUCCACCGCUCUGUCACACACCUGGAGGAAGGAGCAGAUUGACGGCAAACGGAAGACCGUGCAUGCACGCCACGGAGGCCCUUCCUCCGCCGAGUACUCCUCACAUAGCCCCUCUUGCAUCCACCGACUCCCCGUCCAGCUUCGUGCAGAGCAAUCAUCCCAUCUGGGGCCGCCUGGGCCUCUCGCGGAAGAUCCGAGAGGCUUGCAGAGUCGCAUGCGAGGGUGGGUACCGGUAUCUUCACGUCGACUCGUGCUGCACCGACAGGCCGAGCACUUUUGACUUGUCUGAAUCGAACAAAUCGAUGUAUCAGUGCGAUGCUCACCUUGCCGACGUGCGGCCCAUCCGCUCUUCGCCAGAGCCGGCGGUUCACGCGCGCGGAUGGAUGCUCCAGGAGCUCAUCGCCCCGUUUUCUGUGAUGGUUCCUCUCCGAGGACUGGACGGAGAUCGGGACGAAGGUCGUGCUGGCUGACCUCAUCGAGGAAAUUACGGGCAUCUGAAGAUGCUCUGUCGCAUGCAAAAUCGCUUGACGAGUUCAGCGUCGCACAGCGAUUCUCAUGGGCUGCCAAACGGGAAACGACACGAGUGGAAGACCAGGCGUACUCGCUUCUGGGAAUCUUCGAUAUCAACAUGGCCACGCUCUACGGUGAAGGCGAGCGUGCCUUCCGCCGGUUGCAGGAGAUCUCCACUACUGGCGGAGAGGAGUAUCCGACUCACCUUCGCUGUCCACCAUACGAGUCUUCGCUCCUGUUUUUCUCCUCUGUCAAUCGUUUUGAGGGCGACAGCAAGGAUAUCACAGUCGUCUCUCCUGUGAUCCUCCGUCAACACGGGCGCACCGACGUCCUCUCCACGGAGUACACUCCCACCCCACAUGGUAUCCGUACGAGACUGCCUGUCGUAGCCUUGUCUCGGCUCUUUCCUCAGAUCGUAACCACAUUUCCCCGCGACACUCCCGAGUCCCAGUGGUACGUCGCCAUCCUUGGGUGCGAGCACAAGAACAGCCCCCGCUGUCUUCUAGGACGCGUCUGCUAUGUCCCGCCCUCCCAUACCGGCAUCGAAUUCUUGCAUCCCGGACAUGUGUUGGUCUAUCCCAGGCCAAGCCGCGGCCGUUAUCGGCCGGCCGGUCUCUUCCCCUUGUCGCCGACGACCAUCGAGAGCUGUUGCAAUGACAUCCAGGUCAGGACUUCCUACAUCUCCAACCCUGAGCGCGCCACCGUACACUCAGAGAACGCUCGCCUCCAGCCACACGAGAGCAUCCGUCUCCAGUUAUCGAAGGCGACACGCAAUGCUAUACACGUGCAAGGGUACACGGCCAAACUCCGAGGUCCAGAUGAGGGCCACCCGGCCACUCACUGGCUCACGCUGUCCAACGACGACUGCACGAUUUCCGUCAAGUACCGACAUACCUUGGAGGACGGUCGGUUGUUGAGGAUCGAGGCCGACGUGAAGACGUCGCGACGUACACUUGAAUCUGGGGAGGAAGUCAGGGCGGACCCUGAUUCUGCGGGAUGGUCGGAUUAUAGGCCGUGCUGCUUAUCGCUAGGCGCAACAGCUGCCUUUGCCCUCGCAGGAAAGAAGACGACCAUGGAUGCUGGUUUGGACUGGGCAGCGCCGUCGCACUACUUCAUACGCAUCGGGACCUUUGACGAGACGCGAGAGACCGCGCCGGCCGCGUUGCUCGAGGGAUAA